UUUGGCCACCUGAUACACCCAUGUGCAAUAACAGAAAGAUUUGCUCUUGUCUGUCGAAAAAUUUUAAACAGUAGCUUAUUCUUAUCAAAUUUGUUGACUGGCUUUCUAAUACUAAUAGUCUGCUUUCUGUGUGUGUCUCUCUCUCUUUUCCAGGGUGUGCUUCUUUCUCAUAAGCCAAAGGAAAAAAAUCGGAUUGACAGUAAUAAUGAAAACUCUGUCCCGAAAGACUUUGAAAAUAUUGACAAUAGUAAUUUUGGGCCCAGAAUGCAAAAGCAGAAGUUGCAGCCGGAAGUGAAGAGUAAAGCACCAACUGAGAAGAAAGCCAAGUAUGAGCAGGUGGGCAAAGCCAAGGAUCAUUCAUUGCUAGGCAAGAGCACCAAUGAAGUCCUAAAGUAUGGGAACUAUCAGGCAAAAAAUGCCAGCAAUUUGCAACCAAACCACAAGACUGGGAAUGUUUAUAAAGAUGUGGUGAUUGGAAAAAAUACACAAGAAAUCCAUUAUGAGCAGACUCCCAGAUGUGAAAUAUCAGGCAAGGAAGCAUUGUCCGCACUCUCCAGGGCGAAAAGCAAACAUUGUCAGCAGGAGAUCGCUGAGCUGUAUUGCCUUCAUAAAGAUGGCAAGUUAAUGCCAGAAAAGGCACCUCGAUUGUGUCCGCUGGAGGGUAAAGCAGCAAAUAAUAUCCAGCCAGAGGAUGACUCCUUGGAAUCUCUGCCUCAGAAUCCUGUCAGAAUUGCCUUUGUUUUGGUUGUUCACGGUCGAGCUUCACGACAGCUGCGGCGGAUGUUCAAGGCGAUUUAUCACAGAGAUCACUACUAUUACAUUCAUGUGGACAAGCGAUCGAACUAUCUGCACCGUGAUGUGUUAGAGUUUGCCAGCCAGUACCCAAAUGUGCGAGUCACGCCUUGGCGAAUGGCCACCAUCUGGGGUGGUGCAAGUCUGCUGACCAUGUACCUGCAGACCAUGCGGGAUCUACUGGAGAUGAAAGACUGGUCCUGGGACUUCUUCAUCAACUUGAGUGCUGCCGACUAUCCGAUUAGGACUAAUGAUCAACUGGUCGCUUUCUUGUCGAGAUACAGAGAUAUGAAUUUUCUGAAGUCUCAUGGCAGAGAUAAUGCGAGGUUCAUAAGGAAGCAGGGUUUAGACAGGAUUUUCUUUGAGUGUGAUACGCACAUGUGGCGCCUAGGAGACAGGAAAAUCCCUGAAGGUAUCACUGUCGAUGGUGGUUCUGACUGGUUCCUCCUCAGUAGAAAAUUUGUGGAAUAUGUGAACUAUUCUGAAGAUGAGCUGGUGAGCCACAUGAAGCAGUUCUAUGCCUACACCCUGCUGCCUGCUGAGUCCUUCUUCCAUACGGUCCUGGAGAAUAGUCAGCUCUGUGAGACGAUGGUGGAUAACAACUUGCGGAUUACCAACUGGAAUCGGAAACUUGGCUGCAAGUGCCAGUAUAAACACAUCGUGGACUGGUGUGGCUGCUCCCCCAAUGACUUCAAGCCACAAGAUUUCCACCGCUUCCAGCAAACGGCGAGGCCAACGUUUUUUGCUCGGAAGUUUGAGGCUGCAGUUAACCAAGAGAUCAUUGGUCAGCUGGACUCCUAUCUGUUUGGGAACUACCCAGCUGGCACGACAGCCCUGAAGGCGUACUGGGAAAAUGUAUAUGAUGAGCCGGAUGGCAUCCAUAGCAUCAGCGACACAUACUUGACCAUGUAUCACUCGUUCACCCGCCUUGGUCUCAAAAGAGCAGAGUCUUCCUGGCAUUCCAAAGAGGAGAAUAAGUGCAGAUAUUACGCUAUGGGCAAUCCAGUUUCAGUUCAUCUCUAUUUUUAUGCUGACCGGUUCCAAGGCUAUCUGCUGAAACACUAUGCGACAAAUCUGGCCACCAGCAAAUUGGAAACGCUGGAGUCUUGGGUGAUGCCAAGAAAAAUGUUUAAAAUUUCAAAUCCCACCAAUGACUUUGCACGGCUGCAGUUUGCUGAGAUUGGCACAGAAUGGGAUGCUAAGGAGAGAAUUUUUCGAAACUAUGGCGGCCUCAUUGGGCCUAUGGAUGAGCCUAUUGGCAUGCAAAAGUGGGGCAAGGGCCCUAACGCCACAGUCACUGUCGUUUGGAUCGAUCCAAUUAAUGUCAUUGCAGCUACGUAUGAUAUUCAGAUCGAGUCUGGUGCCGAGUUCACUCAUUACAAACCUCCACUCAACCUCCCCCUGCGUCCAGGUCUCUGGACUGUCAAAAUUCUGCACCGCUGGACACCAGUGGCUGAGACAAAAUUUUUAGUGACUCCACUGACGUUUUCAAACAGGCAGCCAAUCGGAAAAGGAGAAGCACUCAAGUUACAUAGUGGCCCAUCUAAGAAUGCCUACAUGGAGCAGAGUUUUCAAGGCCUGAGGAAUACUCUGAAUAUACACUCUACUUCCAAGCAAGUGGAACAGGCAAAACACAAUGCAGCACUCACUGGCUCACAGCUGGAGAGCUGGGUGGAUCCCAUGGUGAACAGUUUGUGGUCAGCUGUGGAUAUCUGUGCCAGUGGCCCCACCUCUUGCUCGAUCAUGCACACAUGCAGCCAAACGACCUGGAGUUCAGAGAGUCCAGACCCCAAAUCAGAAUUGGGGCCAGUCAAAGCAAAUGGGCGUUUGAGGUAGCACCUAAUGCAUUCCUGAACCAUCAUAAAAACACAAAUUGCCAAUUGGGUUUUCCUGUUAGUUCUUAGCAGCAGUUCCCGGAUGUCUUCAUAGAAUUGUGGCAAAGCUAGGGCAGUGUAUCUAAACUGAAGAUGUUGAUACUGACAGAGGUAAGCAGUGUUAGCUGUGCUGGUACUGUGAAAGAACAGAUGUAUUAUCAUGUACUACAGAAAGUCUAGAAGGAAACUUUAGCACUCUAUUUAUUUAAACAUUUUAGUCAGUGACUAAUGAGUAGGCGCUGCUUUUGCAGCUUUGGUAUAUAUAUAUAUCCUAUUACUAAUCUGCCUUUAUUAACAAAGGCCUGUGUCCAGACUUCCUAUCGCCUUUAACUGUAUCUGAUCUAAAACCUGGAGAGGGUCUUAAAGCUUGUCAACAGGAUUAUUUAAAUUGAAAUCAAAUAGUUACACCUAGUGUAAGAGAGAGAGUCAGUUCUCCCAAACAGGUUGUAACGCACUUUGUUGAACCAGUGCUUUCAGCACUGACUAUUCUAUUACAGAUGAUCAGAGCAUUAUACUGCAGCCAGGAUACACACCAGAUUCAGAAAAUGAUGUAGUGGAACCAUCAGUGAAACCCCAAAGCAAAUUAAUUUAUUCGAAUUUUUCAUGGCAAUGAUAUAGCAACUCUUUUUAACCUAUUUAGAUCAAACAUUCCUUUUAAACUUAAUUUUUUAAAAAAAUCUUGCAUCUAAUUUUGCAAAAAAAAUCACAUUGCACUUUCAAAGAGAAAGCUUUUUGAAUAUAGAACCAGAAACACAUUCUUCUGUUCAAGUCCUAAUGGUCAAGUAUUCAACAUGGUUAAAAAUCAGAUAUCUUUGAUUGAACAUUAUUUACUGUAGCUAAUUAAAAAUUUGAAUGUUUUUACUUCUUUUAUAUUUGUUAUUAGGGCAUCUCAGAAGUGCUUCGUGUUGGCCCAUUCAUGCAGUUUGCAUUAAUCGUCAUCCUUUGAUGUGAUGUGUGGGCAGGGUUUGUUAACUUUAUUGCAGGUGAUAGGUCUUGUGAACAGUUAGUGUCAUGCACACACAUUUGAUCUCAGCAUGUGAAGCUACUGUCUGUAGGGUUUUUAGACUAACAGGCAGGCCAGCAGCCCUGCUUAUUUACUUCAUCACAUCAAAAUAACCUAGGUCUCUGCUUCUAUUAGUGUGAAAAUCAGAUGAAGCCCACCUUUGUUUCAACUUGUGUUAUAAAGGUCUAUCAGUAUUCCUGUUAAUAAUUUGUAUUUGAGUAACUUAUUGUUAAACAUUAGAUGGGUUCAGAGUUGCAUUUCACAAUCAGCAUUGCCUCACUCAAACUCCAUUCCUACUUUGAGUUGAAAUAUUUCUCGGCUUGUUCUGUGUGAACUCAACAGUGACAAUAAUUGCUAAAACCCUUGGGUGGCUACGGAUUUACAGUUAUCCCAAAUCACAGGGUCCUUCUUGUUCACAGCAACUUGGCAACAAAGGGGAAAUGAAGAAUUGCUGAACUGACAUGGGAAAUACUGUGAAUAUCGAGCAGAUUAGUCAACAGUUGGGAGGCAGUGACAGGGUCCCUGUUGUGGACAUUCCCAUCACCCCAUUACAGGGUUCCAUUUCAAAAAUCACUCUACCUCCCUCUCUACAAAUUAGUUCAUUUCCAGUGCACUUUGAACAUUGUUUUUAAUCCAGAUUUCCAUCUCUGACCGUGUUUUUAAACUGUAUAAUCACAUAUUUACUGAAGUGAAUAGUUCACAUGAUCAAACUCUGGGCAUCAGUUUUCUAUCCAUUUCGAUGUAACACUAAAUUAUUCAAUUUAGUUGAUCUGGUGCCACCCCCGUCAUAAAUGUGUGACAAAAUCUAAAACAAACAGAACUUUGCUUCAAAAGGCUGGUGGAUUUAGUGACAGGAAUGGGAGUGGAAAAGUGUGUGAUCAGGACUUCUGCCCACAUUGAUCCUGCCUCAGCCAUACUAGAUUAGCAAUGUUAAUACUGUCUAGAAUUUGUGCAACUUUGAACAAACUGAUUUCAAAAAUUAACUUCAGGUCAUUUUCAUUGUAAUAAUGUAUCCGUUUCCCAGUUGAUGAAUGAUUUGUGUUUAUCUCAUAAUUUCAGUCUGUUUAAACCAAUGGUUGUAAAAGAAUGCAUACAGGUAACAGAAAAAUCUCCACAUUCCUGUUAGGCGCAGGAACCACAAAUCAUUCCUAAUUUGGGAAGGGGUGAAAUUAGAAAUACAACCGAUCAGUUUAGAAGAUUGAAGAUAGGACAUCAUUAGGCUUUUUGUCUUCAGUCAUUAAAAAUGAAAAGCCUUUUAUAUAUAAAAAAAGUGAAAUACACUUUGGAGAUCCUGCCUGUAAAGGAACGAUUAUUGGCCUGAUGUUUUUUCUAGCAUUUAUGAAUACACACUGAUGACUCCCCAAGGCUCCAUUAUCCCAGAACCAACCUUGAAAAUGUACACAGCAGGUAUCCUUUUCCAAUUUGUGCAGCAUUUCAAAAUGUGCACGUUAAAAACUUCAGGUUGGCUGAGACCAUUUCACAACUAAGCAAACCUUUUUACACUUGGGAGGCAGUGGGGGGAUGUGAAUCUCUGAAAUUAUUAAGCAGCUGUCCAUUUUUAAUUCUCUGCUGUUAAUGCCAUGUAUUAAUUAUCAUGAAGCUGUCAGCUCAAUGCCUUCUUCCUCCUGUGCUGAGGGGGGAGCUGUCAUGGGUGCUACCUCACAUGAAUGGGAGCAUAUUUUACCCGACAUCAUUGCUACUGGAAAUAUCUUCAGAGCCUGUUUCACCUGAGCUGAAUGUAUGAUCUAUGCAAGCUGUUCCUUGUCAUGAGAACACAACGCAAUUGAAAUUAAACUUGCCAAAUAAACUGCAAGAUACUGUACAGACGUCUCUGAUAACAGAGGAAACAUUCAGGUGCUGUUCACUGCACCAAAUUUGUAAAUUGUCACGUAUUUUGUUCAACGGGCAUUGUUAGUCACAGUUAGGUCAAUUUUUGCCCAAAGACUAUACUGAAGAGUCUUUGAGUUAUUAACGAUACACUUGUUACAUGUCAACAAAUGCGUGGCUGUCAGAUAGUCAGUGCUGGCUUAUUCCUUUGCCUCCUGAUAAAUUAUUGAUUGUGCCCUCAUUUUAAAAUUCUAAAGACUACCUUAUGCAAUUAAAAAAAAAAAUUAUGGCUAUUUUAUUAUAAAUCCAAAUAAGCAUUUAAAAAGAAACUAAGAAUUAUUUUAAACUGGACAUGUACUUACAGGAAAAGGACUAAUUCCAACAUGCAACUCCUUGCAAGGUGUAGAUAUUUGUUAUUUAUUUAAAGGAAUAAAAUAUUUUGAAGUUUUAAAAGAUGUUUAAUUUGACAAUUGGGUCAAAAGUUCUGAAAGCCAGUACGAUUUCCUGUAUGUAGAAUGUUUUAUUCAGCAAAUAUUGCACUAGCUGUUUUGCACCCAACUGCCCUCCAAUUAGCAGAGAGAUAAUGAAACACAGAAAUUGUGCCUUAACUGCCUUCUGGUCUGAGGAAGUCUGCUUUUGUCUGACAAAGCAAGUUUUUGCAGGUUAUCAACAGUUGUAUUAAAUGCUGUAUCGUACCAAAAACUGCUGUUGUAUAUAGACGCCUACUGUCCUAUUGUGGUUUUGAUUGCAGAAUUUUAAAAUACAAAAAAAACAAAGGUGUGUGUCUUGCCUUUUUGCAACUUUAUCAUGAAUGUCUCAACUUUGGCUUUCACACUCCACACUCGAGGGACACAAUAUAUCCUGUUCAAUGACAAAUCUCAGCUAAUUCUUUAUUCUUCUCUUCAUUAAGCAAUUUUUCAUCUUUGGAAUUUAAAAUAGGUAUAACUUUGUGCGCUGUCACUUCUAUGGCAGGCUACUAAAUAACAGGACUCCAGCUUCUUUCAUAUGACAGUGUUUCUCAACCCUUUCCUGAUAUUUGUAUUGCUUCUGUUUAAAGAAGACUUGCCUUUACAUAGCACCUUACACAACCUCAGGACAUCCCAAAGUGCUGUCAUUGAAGUACUUUUUGACAGGGAAUCACUGUUUUAAUGUAAUAACUGUUGGGGAAUAGCUCUUGGUCUUAUGGAGAUUUACCCCUCUCUUCUGGAUGAUUGGAUCUUUUGUAUCACCCUUGGGGGAGCAGACAGACUGCACUUCUCAGUGUUACUGAUUAUCAGGCUGACCUCUCCCUGACGGAUCAUGUACUCAGAUUUCCACAUCAUUCUCCUGGUGAAAUGUGAUCAAGUUGAAAACACUCAGUGCAGGACUAAUUCACUUUCUGCUAUACAGAUAGAAAUGCCCAUGAUUUACCCUAUUGUGCCAUUCUAACUCAGCAAUUAUUUGUUUAAAAAAAUCUGAUAAAAUUAUUUCUUCCAGCAAAAUGUUACAAUGAAUCAACUGCCAUUUCUCUGGUUUCUGAAUCAUAAAAUAUAAACCUGUUGUGAUAGUAAAGAAUUAGCAGUGUCUUUAAAAUGUGAAUUUCUGUAGUGCACUGACCUAAUUAUUUUAUACAGGCUACACAGUACAGAAGCCGGCCAAUCAGCCCAAUCAGUCCAUACUAGUGUUUUAUGCUCCACUAAAGCAUCUUCCCAAGGUUUCUCAUUAAUAACCACCUAUUCACUUCACCUACUUGCUGUGAUACUGAGUUCCACAUUCUCACCAUUGGGUGUGAAAAAGUUUCUUCUGAAUUCCCUCUUCGAUUUCUUGGUGUCUUUUAUAGUGAAGAGAUUCGCUUCCCCAGGAGAGAAACAUUUCCUCCCAUCCAAUCCACCAAAACCUUUCAUCAUUUGUAGGACCUCCAUUAGACCGUUAAAAUAAUAAAACUUAUUUCCUUUUUUUAAACAAUUUUGCAACACCUUGCUGAUUUAAUUAGAAAUAAAUUAUUUCUGACCUUUGCCAACUAUAUGCUUUGACCUCCAUCCCGUUCAUCAGAAAGAGAAACACUGACAUUUAUAUAGGCCAUUCAAGACCAUCGGGUGUCUCAAAGCUAAUCAUCCAAUGUUUUUUUCAGUGUAGUUUCUUUGUAGAAAAUGUGCAAGCUAAUUUGUACACUGUCAGCUUUCCCACACAUGACCCAAUAAUUGUCAUGUCAGUUGAGGGCUAAAUAUUGACCAGGAGGCCAGCAAGAAUUGCCUGCCCCUAUGAAGUGGAUCUCUUGCAGUCACCAGACAAAUGGAGUCUUCUCUGAUGAACAGCACCACCCUACUCUAUCAGCUUUAAUUUUUGUUCACAAGUCUUGGCGUUUGAAUGCAUAGUCUUGUGAUAUAGCUGAGAUUACUGCCAACUAAUACUUCAGCACCAUCACCAUCUCCAGGACAAUUCGGGACUGUCCACAAUGCUCAUGUCCCAUGAAUGAACAAAAAAAAAAUGUUAAUUUGUUUCAGAAUUCUGGAAUGCCAAAUUUCCAUUGGAAUAACUAAGGGAGAGACCCAUGUUGUAUGAGGCAUCAGGAUUCUGAAGCAAUCUUUAAUGAUGUCAUGGAGCUGUACAUCACUGAGUGUAACUAGCAGUGUGAGCGAAUUUAGAACACAAGACCUUUGGAGAAUCUGAAGACACAGCUGACCAGAUAAAACAUGAGGUAAUUUCAUGCAACUAAACAUCAGAGUCUGGUAUACCAGUGCGUACUGUAUAAUAGCACUGUUUAAUAUUAAUGUAUAAUAAAUAAUUUUAUUUUGAA